UCUCCGGUUCAAUGUUGGAAGAGUUCAGAAAUUGCUGUAAAAAGUUCAAGCUUCAGUUCAGUGCCGGUGAACUUUGCCGUAGUUCCGGCUUACUCGUACGGUUAUACGGCGUUUCGCCAAUCAUCAUCAUCACCAUCAUCGGUGGUGUUUGGUGUGAACGGAGAGGAUCCUGUAAAAAGUGUGGACAACCGUGCAUCAGGCCACUACUGCGAAAGGCCAGUUCGGGGAGGUGGUGGUGCCGGAGAAGAUCAUGUUCGGGGAGAAACUGUUCGGUGGCCUCAACAUGGAAAUGAUAGCGAGCAAUGAUCUGGAUGAGUCGAUGGAGAAGUUUAACUUCGCCUCCGGGAAGUUCCAAUCAAUCGUAACGGAUCUCGGGAAGGCACUACUUCAGGCGGCCAAGCUCGGAAACACGGACAAGGUGCACGAGCUGAUGAGUCGUGGAGCACCGUUUACGGCCGAUUGGCUCGGAACGACUCCACUACAUCUAGCCGCACGGUACAAUCACAUCGAAACGUCCCGGGUAUUGCUGCGAGCCGGCAUCAGCAAGGACUCGAAAACGAAGGUCGACCGAACACCACUGCAUUUGGCCGUGUUUCACGGUAACAUCGAGAUCGUGGAACUGCUGCUCUCACACAAGUGUGAAGUCGAUGCGAAGGACAUGCUCAAAAUGACGGCCUUGCACUGGGGAGUAGAGCGAAAGCACACGAAGAUCGUCGAGAUGCUGCUACAGUACGGAGCGGACCCGAAUGUGGUCUCCAAGUUCGGUAAAACGCCGAUCCAGCUGGCAACCGAAUCGGAUCAGCCCAACCUAGUACGCUUGAUGACGCUGGCCAAUCAGAUGCGGGCAGCAAGUAGUGAACAAGUGGGGGUGCAGGAGGCAACGGAUAGCUUGAUGUUUGAGUUGCAGCAGCACAAGGAACGGCAUGCUGGGCAACAAAAAGACUCCGCCGGUGAUCGAACCACUGGUGCCGAUGUGGAGGACAACAUUACAAUGGACCUGAGCAAUGACAGCAAUCUGUCGGCGCACCUGAACGGAGGAUCGUUAGUGAACGGGGGUGCCAGUGGGAUGCCACACGAUGACACGGACAAUCUGAUCGAGCGAGAGGACAGCCUAACCGAUGCAAUAACCAAUCUCGAGCAGAGCACGGAAACGGAUCCGAAAAAUCUCGAUUCCAGUACGCUGCAAAUGCUAAAGCAGCACGGCAUCGCACUGAUACCGUCCGACGACACCGGUAGCCUUAUAACGUCGGCCAUUCAAAGUGGCCGCAAGAUCGUCCUAUCGGAGGCAGGUAAAUAUGCGCUUAAUGAAUCGAGGAAACUACAAUCCGCCGGGUCAACGACAACGACGGCAGCGGCGACGCAUCCAACGAAACUGCACCAUAGCUCCCCCUCGACGACGACACUGCACACGAUCGGCGCAAGCAAACCGAAGACAAUCAAAAUCAUUAAGAAAGCUCCAUCGGCAUCCUCGUUCGGUAUGAGUGGCUUACCGGGGCACCAUCAACAGCAGGUGCAUCAGGUGCAACAUCAUCAGGCACACCAUCAACAGCUGCACGGUACCGGUCCAUCGCCUACGCUUAAAACGAGUAAAGUGAUCAAAAUACUGUCUCCGGAAGAGUUCCAGCAGAUCUGUAGUGGUGACGUAAACAGUAUAAAGCGGAUGCCGUCUAAUGAGUUCAAGAAGGCGAUCACCACGACCUCCCUAAGGGUACCCGUGAGUGGCCGAUCGACGCUGUCAUCGAAGCCAUUCGUUAUGACGAAAAGUGGCCAACGGAUACCGGUGACGGCGGCCCCGGGAAUCAACGUGAUAUCGGCUCGCGCUGCAACUGGUAAGGGUGCUGCUGGUGCGACGGCCGAGGAAAUCGUGAAAGCGAAGCUCAACGCUAGUGGUGGUGGCAGCAGUCUGAAUGGGCUUCCGGUCGGUAGCAGUAGGCACAUCAUCACAUCCGCCGAUGGUGUAAAGCGGCUACGGACGGCCACCGGAAUGGAGAUUAUCUCGGCUCUGCCCACAAAGCUUCCCCAAGAUACGGUGGUUUCGGUGGAAACGGGCACCCGUACUACAGCGUUAGUUGGUAGUGGGGGCACUGGUGUACACCAGCAGCGCUUAGCGGCCGGUGGUUCGCACAACAGUAAGGUUACGACAACAACCGCCACUAGCCUGAUGGUGGAACUACACGAACGGCAAAUGGUGGAGAUGAAAAAACUCAUCGAAGAUUUACGCAAGCAGUUCGAGUUGUCGCAAAAGCAGAACGGAGAGUACCGGACGCGUCUCGAGAAGCUGGAAAAGGAGGUGCAAUCGCUUAAACAGCAGCAACAGCAGCAGCAAAAACCGGGCGCCAGUAGCUCAAGCAAUUUCAUCGAAAUCAUCUAGCAGGCUUGUGGACGAAGUCGAGAGGCAACGAAUAGGAUUGUCGCGAACACUAACGAGGAUCACGGGUAUCUAUGAUGAUGGGGUUUGUGGUUGAACCUUCGUGAUUUGCACAGGAAGCUCCCUACGCCAAUGGCACGCUAAUGAAGGAGAAGAGGAAUUGAUCGCUUCGCCUAGAAACUACUUAACAUCCUAUGGGCCUUACCAUUUCGUUUGCUUCUUUUUACUCUUCCUUUCUUUCUGUCUCUUUCAAUUCUUGUGUUUCUUUGCUCGUUCCUAUCAUUCCGUAUAUUUCUCACCUUUCUUCAGUUUCUCUAACCGGCAAAGAACCAUUUCCUUCGUUAUCAUCACGUUUCGAGCUUUUGGCUCCGGUAACUCCCCCCCGUCUCGUCUACCUCGUGCCGUGUUGCGUAGGGUGUAUAAACAGCACUCUCUAGGAAGAAGCGCGUGCAAGUGCAAGCGAACGCAAAGCGGUUAAACGAAAAAUAAGUAGAUAAAACCCUUAAUAAUAGAUAAGUUAAAUUAGUUUUCUCGCUAGCUAUCAUGGUAAUACCAGUUUGCCAUUUACAUCAAUUUCUGCUGUUAAUAGUAGCGAUAAGAAUAAUAGAAAGAAGAACGAGGGAGAGAGAGAAGAGAAUUUAUCUUACAAGAGAAGAAAAAACAAACAAAAGUAACCCCCCAACCCUCUCCAUCAGCCAGCUGAUAGCUGUUCUAGUGUAAAGCAGAUCACUUCGUUGAAGUGAUCAUCGCACGUUAACCUUCACCGCAUUUCAUCAGGUGUUGCUGCUAUUGUUUGGUUUUAGCACUGCCCUUAAAUUGAAUCGCUUGAACUGUUGGCCACUAACACAACUCGGCAAAAACAAAAGUUGCAAUUUAAAGUUAAUGUCUUGGUACGGAGCGUACAAAAUUGAUAUAGAACAGUUGGAGCAAUGCAGCGGAUGUAAGCGGACUUCUAAGCACAUAUACACACACCGACACACAGACAUACUGUGACACAUUUACAAGUACAAUAAGCGCGUAAUUUCGCGUCGAAAAUAUGUAACAUUUUACCUGUAUAAUAGAUAAGCGCGAAUCCCAGAAGGCAGUUGAUAUUCCUGGUUCGUGAGAACCGUGGUGAGGCGUUGGCGCCUCACCGAAACCACCAUUUGCGCCAGCGCUUUGUUCCUAGCUAGGUAUGGAGAAGGGACCGGGGCAUAUACGGUCAGGGACCGGUGCGCCUGGAGCAUUUCAUUUCUUUUGUUUUUUCCUCCUCUCAUCCUCCUUGUGGCCACCGUCUGAACCCUUUGUAAGGCUUUUUCUCGCUUUGCUGGUACUUUUCUGCUAAGAAACGUGUUCGUCCUCCGUCGUACCACGGACAGAUAGUUAUAAAUUUAAAAACGGUUAAUAAUGGGUGAAGAUAAGAUGGAAACAAGGCGGCAGGAACUCACAGAGUUGAGGCGUUGAGUUUGGGUUUAAUUCGUUGACAUGUUGUACAGAAAAUUUGAAGAGUUUAAAGAUGUAAACCCAGGACCGGGAGUGUACAUAGUGUUUCCGACGAACGAACCCCAUGGUAAGAGAAUUGUGACAGAAAAACGAUAGAGAUAUUAAGACAGCUCGGAUGGAAAAACAAUGGAAGGAUAAGAUUUCUCACAGAUAACGCGCCGGGCGGCGUGGUUAGAAUACAAAACUAUAUGAUACGUUGUCGUAAGCUUGCGUUGUCGAUCGUUGGCUACAGACAGUGAAACAUUACGAGUAGCCUUAAGGUGCAGUAGCCACCGACGCAGUGGCGGCAAUACGCACUUAGGUGGUAAGCAAAUAAAACGGAUGCAUUUGAUCUUUUCUACUA